AUGUCCCCUAAUCCAGUGGACUACUUUGGGAUCAUCAACUUUCGCCGCUUUAUUGAGCCCCCGAAGGCUGGAACAUACUACAUUCGUUGUAGUGUUGGCGCCCUUCGGUGUAAAUUCUCUGUUCAGCAGCUGAAAGAAGAGUCAGUUUCCGAGAUUGCACGGGAUAUACGCCUCACAACACUGCAAUAUACAUCUACAAUAUCCGUCCAGCAGAGCCUUCGAUUCUCAGAAGAUCAUAUAUCUAAGACUCUCACAUUAGCGCUGCGAGGCACUGGAAACCUAGGGGUUUCUGUGGUUUCCCACUGGACAACAUUCGAUUAUGCAGGUCUUGAUUUCUCCGGCGCCAGUCUUAAUGGGCAAAAAGCAUCAGUCAUAUUUGCCAACCCCAUGAUUGUAAACGCAUGGAACCUCACAAUAGCACCUGUGGCUGUCGUCACAAAGAAUGGGUCUGGAGGCUACUGGAUUCGCGCUACGAAUACCUCAACUGGUUGGGAACGAUUCAGCCAAUCUAACAGCAUGGAAAGUCUGUUUUCUACACAGUGA